GGUGGAAUAUCUUUAUAGCCGAAACCGAUCUAGAGUCUAUAUUCAAUAGUUUGGAUUUUUUUAGAUGCUCUUUUUAGAAAUGUGGAAAAUCAUUUUGGCUGUCUAGUUUUUGAAAAACAUAGGAUCUAGGUUUAAAUAGUCCAGAGAGUCCAGAUUUAUAUUUUCCAGGCUUCUUUCAUUUUCAAACUUGUUUUAUUAUUACAUUAUUUACAUCAGUGACAGUCCGACAGUGACACUAAUUACGGAACGUAGUUCUAGAUACUAGAUCUAAAUUUUGAUCAAGGCUAGGACCUAGGUCGUCUAGAGUUGAAGAUAUUCUAGAAUCUACAUCCAAGCCCAAACCUCCACAGGACGAUGGGGAUGGCAGUGAGUUGGAAAUGAACCUGGGACAUCAAAAUGACCAAAUGACAGUUGAGUGCGCUUAUGUCAGGACCAGGCAGACAAGAUAGUCUGUUGUAAAGAUAAACAGAAAAUCAAAAGGAUUUGAAAUGUUAAGACUGUCCUCUCUCUAAUAUGGAGCCCAUGGAUUUAGAUAGUGAUGGAGACUCAAGUCUUAGACAAAAUGAGAUUUCAGACAUGGAGAUUGUUUCCACCUCUCCUGUUGUGGACCAAAAUGUGAAAGAAACUUCAUCUUUUGAAAAGCUAGAAUGUGCUUUGAGCUCUAUUUUAUCAUUUGACAAAAGCCCAACAAAGAGCUCAGGUCCUACUCAAUCCUCAGCGAUGGAAAAUAGCAAUAUGGAAUGUCCUGAACAUUCAUCAUAUCCUUCGACAAGAAAUCUAAAUCGAGGUUUUGGCAUUUCUGAAGAUGAUGAUUAUAUCUCUCAGUUCUCUGCUACCCAGAACAGGUCUGAUUCUAAUGAUGGCUUUAGAAAAAGAUCUAAAAUUACUUUACCUAACCCAACAAAAAUUUCAAAUCAAAAGAAAGAAAGGAAUAUUGCAAAAUCCAAAGCUAGAUCAUUGAUUGUAAAAAAUUCUGAUCCCAAUGUUCCGAACUCUGAGCCCAUAAAACAACCCAAUUGCUUAACCUUGUUCUUGAAGUGCUGUACAUUUUGUAUUUUUUCUUUCUUUGUUGUUUUCUGCAUCCUCUUAGUGUUUAAUUACUUUCAAAGACAAUGUAAUACAGGGGAAAAUUUUAGCAAGCGUGUCCUUGAGAUGGACCUUGAUUCUAAUGUGUUUGGGCAACAUAUUGCUGUAAAUAUUAUUCCCUCUAAACUGGAAACCUAUCUUCAGAAAUUUCACCUAAUCGCUAAUCCGCAACUAGAAUGUAAACCUCUCGUACUCUCUUUUCAUGGAUGGACUGGUGUUGGCAAAAACUAUGUGAGUAAAAUUAUAUCGGUCACACUCUACCACUCCAAUUGGAAUAACUUUAUCAUACCAUACCAUUUCCCUCAUGAGGCCUUUCAAAGUUUGUACAGGACUCAAAUAAAGACAUGGAUUGUCAAUAAUGUCACAGAGUGCAACAUCAAUGUUGUUGUCAUUGAUGAGAUGGACAAAGCUUAUCCUGAAAUCGUGGAAGGUAUUGCAGAUUCUAUCAUUGCAUUGACGAAGCCUUGUCACAAGUCUGUGCCUACAAUUUUUUUGCUUUUGUCAAACUCUUUUGCUGUAGACAUCAACAGGGAAUUUUUAAGCUUCAUGAGAGCUUCACAUCAGAACUCAAGAGAACAGUUUGCUUUCCAAGAUGUCCACUCCAUUUCAGAAGAAAAUGUCGACAGCUGGUUUACUUAUCUAUCACAUAAAAACUUGAUUGAUGCCUUUGUCCCUUUCUUGCCUCUUGAGAAAAAGCAUGUGAUUCAAUGCAUCAAGAGAGAACUUGUUUCCAAAAGAUUCUCUACUGAUUCUAGGAGCAUUGACAAUAUAUUGAAGGAACUAAGUUUUUCUGUGUUUGGUGAGUUGGAGCUGUCUAAUACAGGGUGUAAACGAGUUGCUGAUAAAGUGGACUUAAUUAUGCUGGAUGACAAUUAAAUGUACUGUGUUCAUUUUGUUUUUAUACAAUCAAAUGUUUUAAAUGCAUUCUCAUUUUAUGUACUGAGAUUGAUACCUAAAGAAAUUAACUCAUUUUUUUUUUAAAUUUACAUUUCUUCUUCUUCUUCUUCUAGCCAGCUUUAUUGCUGCUUAAUUUACAUUUACCUAAUAAACUAUUUACUAUUAAUGUUUCUUAGUGUUCUUUCUCCUCUACACAUUAGACAGGAAGUAGAAAUACUUGACUUUUGGCUCCUGUAUUAUUCAAGAUUGUAUGGCAUUGAUGUAGAUCUAGCUAUAAAACACAUGUUUUUUUUUAAAUAGCUAAUAGACCAUUUUUGAAUUAAACUAAUAAUGCUUUUUUUUUUAUGAGGGAGUUCAUUACUGUGACUAGUAAAGUAGAUGAAAACUUUAAAACCAUUGAUUAAUCCAAAUCCACAUCUAAUUUAAAUUUUCUCCUGUCCAAAUUCAUAAGUAAAGUUCCCCUUUCAGACCUUGCAAUCUAUAGGGCAGAUUAUGUUAAGGUCAUCUGUUUCUUUGGCCAACGGUUAACGAGCAGGGUGUCAAGUGGCUAGCAACCACCUUUACUUUCCUCAACUUAAGUCAUGUACCCAUCAUUAGAGUUGGGUAGACUCAUGGGCACCCUAAAAAAUCCUGAAUUCAAAAUCAAAGUCUCCACAGAGAUUCGACCCCAGGAACCCCAGGUUUGGAAGUUUAACCACUCAGCCACUGCACCCCCAAAUUCAUAGAUGUAACCAAAACUGUGAGAGGAAUGCUAUUUAUUUAUCAAGCAAAUUCAAUUAUUAUUAUAAUAUAACAAUAUUUUUUAAAUGCAAUGUUUAUGCAAAUUGUUCUCAUCUGAUACAAUAGAACAGAUCACAAAAUUAAUGAUAUUGUCCUUUAUCAGCAUGCCAGGUAUAAAUAACCACCUUGCUCUGUGUACUUGGCUCAUUGCUCCUCAUGUUGUGUGCAUUUGUACUAUGCUGUCUCAUUCCUAGUCUCCUUUGGUCUGUGAUUGUUUUACAUAAUGUAUAGGUCUAGUUUCUUUAUCUUGAUAUCUGUUAGAGUAGCCUACAUGUAUAAUAUACAUAUAACAUCUUGGCCUUACAUGUUGACCACAAUAAUUGAAACAUAUGGCCAUAUUUCUAUCUAGUCUUCUCUGUGGGUACUAAAUAUUUGAGUUUAUGCAUAUCUACAGUUAUAAUUUCAUAACAUUUGAAUAACUGUAUAUGAUUUUCAAUAAUAAUCAUAUUGGCUA